AUGAGAGAGCCGGCGCUGGCGGCCAGCGCCAUGGCUUACCACCCGUUCCACGCGCCACGGCCCGCCGACUUUCCCAUGUCCGCCUUCCUGGCGGCGGCGCAGCCCUCCUUCUUCCCGGCGCUCGCACUGCCGCCCGGCGCGCUGGCCAAGCCGCUGCCCGACCCGGGCCUGGCGGGGGCGGCGGCCGCGGCGGCCGCGGCGGCGGCAGCGGCCGAGGCGGGGCUGCACGUCUCGGCACUCGGCCCGCACCCGCCCGCCGCGCAUCUGCGCUCGCUUAAGAGCCUGGAGCCCGAGGACGAGGUGGAGGACGACCCCAAGGUGACGCUGGAGGCCAAGGAGUUGUGGGACCAGUUCCACAAGCUGGGCACCGAGAUGGUCAUCACCAAGUCUGGGAGGAGGAUGUUUCCCCCCUUCAAGGUGCGAGUCAGCGGCCUGGACAAGAAGGCCAAAUACAUCCUGCUCAUGGACAUUGUGGCCGCUGACGAUUGCCGGUAUAAAUUCCAUAACUCGCGCUGGAUGGUGGCGGGAAAGGCCGACCCUGAGAUGCCCAAACGCAUGUACAUCCACCCGGACAGCCCGGCCACGGGAGAGCAGUGGAUGGCCAAGCCUGUGGCUUUCCACAAGCUGAAACUGACCAACAACAUCUCCGACAAGCAUGGCUUCACGAUCCUGAACUCCAUGCACAAGUACCAACCGCGCUUCCACAUCGUGAGAGCCAACGACAUCCUGAAGCUGCCCUACAGCACCUUCCGCACCUACGUGUUCCCGGAGACCGACUUCAUUGCGGUCACUGCCUACCAGAAUGACAAGAUCACGCAGCUGAAGAUCGACAACAACCCGUUUGCCAAGGGCUUCCGGGACACCGGGAAUGGCCGGCGGGAGAAAAGGAAGCAGCUGACGCUGCCGUCCCUGCGGCUGUACGAGGAACACUGCAAGCCCGAGCGCGACGGCGCGGAGUCGGACGCCUCGUCUUGCGACCCUGCCCCCGCGCGGGAACCGCCAACCUCCCCGGGGUCAGCGCCUAGUCCCCUGCGCCUGCAUCGAACCCGAGCCGAGGAGAAGUCGUGCGCCGCGGACAGCGACCCAGAGCCAGAGAGGCUGAGCGAGGAGCGCGCGGGGCCGGCGCUAGGCCGCAGCCCGGCCCUGGACAGCGGCAGCCCCCCUCGCUUGACCGAACCUGAGCGCGCCCGGGAGCGGCCCAGCCCGGAGAGGGGCAAGGAGCAGGCGGAGAGCGGCGGGGACGGCCCGUUCGGCCUGCGGAGCCUAGAGAAGGAGCGCGCCGAAGCGAGGCGGAAGGACGACGGGCGCAAGGAGGCGGGCGAGGGCAAGGAGCCCGGCCUGGCGCCGCUGGUGGUGCAGACGGACAGUGCGUCCCCCCUGGGCGCCGGACACCUGCCGGGCCUGGCUUUCUCUGGCCAUCUGCACGGGCAGCAGUUCUUCGGGCCGCUGGGGGCCGGCCAGCCGCUCUUCUUGCACCCGGGACAGUUCGCCAUGGGCCCCGGAGCCUUCUCCGCCAUGGGCAUGGGUCACCUGCUGGCCUCGGUGGCGGGCGGCGGCGGCAGUGGUGGAGGAGGCGGGCCAGGGGCCGCCACCGGGCUGGACGCAGGCGGGCUGGGUCCCGCGGCCAGCGCCGCAAGCACUGCUGCGCCCUUCCCUUUCCACCUCUCCCAGCAUAUGCUGGCAUCUCAGGGAAUCCCAAUGCCCACUUUCGGAGGCCUCUUCCCCUACCCCUACACGUACAUGGCAGCCGCUGCGGCCGCGGCCUCUGCUCUGCCAGCGACCAGUGCUGCGGCUGCAGCUGCCGCCGCCGCCGGCUCCCUGUCCCGGAGCCACUUUCUGGGCAGUGCCCGGCCCCGCCUGCGUUUCAGCCCCUACCAGAUCCCGGUAACGCUCCCGCCCGGCGCGAGCCUCCUCACCACUGGGCUGGCGGCCGAGGGCUCCAAGGCUGCCGGCGGCAACAGCCGGGAGCCCAGCCCGCUGCCGGAGCUGGCUCUCCGCAAGGUUGGGGCCCCUUCCCGGGGUGCCCUGUCACCCAGUGGCUCAGCCAAAGAGGCGGCCAGUGAACUGCAGAGCAUCCAGAGACUGGUGAGUGGGCUGGAGAGCCAGCGAGCCCUCUCCCCCGGCAGGGAGUCGCCCAAGUGAGGGGGCUGCCCAGCGGCUCCGCUGCCACGCAGACCUCCCGGGCUGCCUGCCCCUGCUGCUUGGCACGUGUACAGCACAGAAUGGGUAUUUAUUUACAUAAAGGAGCAAAAGCGGGCUGCAGCAGCCGGAACAGAGGCCCGCCCGACCAGCCAGCCAGGGCCUGGGACAUUUCCCUGGGCCUCACAAGGAGCCCAGCUGCCGGGAACGCGGUCGCUUAGGAGCCACUGGUCACGG